CCCGUUUAAAGUGAGUCUGAACCUUGUCUUGAUGUCUAGUCUCUCUGUUGGGGUGCACACGGGUUGACCACUCCUUUGGGCUUUUCUGUUCACGUCGGAUAAUUGGGGGGGAAAGCAUAAUCCACAAACAUGACUGACGCGCAACAAGAGGCCCGCUCCUAUCUGAGCGAGGAAAUGCUGGCUGAGUUCAAAGCCGCCUUCGACCUGUUCGACACCGACGGUGGCGGCGACAUCAGCACCAAGGAGUUGGGUACCGUGAUGAGGAUGCUGGGCCAGAACCCGACAAGAGAAGAGUUGGAUGAAAUCAUCGAGGAGGUCGAUGAGGAUGGCAGCGGUAGCAUCGACUUCGAGGAGUUCUUGGUCAUGAUGGUGAGGCUGCUCAAGGAGGACGAGGCCGGCAAGAGCGAGGAAGAGUUGGCAGAGUGCUUCCGUGUGUUCGACAAGAACGGUGACGGAUACAUCGACAGAGACGAGUUCGCCCUGAUCAUCCGCAGCAGCGGGGAAACCAUCACAGACGAUGAAAUUGAUGAGCUGUUGAAGGACGGAGACAAGAACUCCGAUGGCAUGCUGGACUUUGACGAAUUCCUCAAGAUGAUGGAGAAUGUGCAGUAAAACAAAUAGGACUCAAUGGACAUUCCUCCAACCUCCUGUGAAAACCCCUUUCUGAAUAAAUCUGCACCACGUUCUACCCUCACCUCUAUUUCACUGACUCACGAAAAAAAAAAAAAAAGCACUCAAAGACACAUUGUCCACCUGGUUCAACUGCCUCCUUCUCCAUCCUUGCAGACAUCCUCAACAGACAGCCAGGACACCUCGCUUUGGAGCGGGAGUCGCUAGCUGAGCUACAUUAAUCCCUGACUUGCUGAUAGACGCAGACAGUUUGCCAUAUUUGCUGUGCUGAUGCUGUAUCCUGUGAGUGGACAGCAUGGCCGCAGUGAGGAAAUUGUCUCCAAACACCAUCUGCAUGCAUGGCGAGCCCCCCCUUCUCUCUCCUCUCUGCUGGUGAAGCUGUGAUCUAGAUCUAGUCUAGAGAGAUAGGCAGCCUGUUACCUGCUGCAUAGACCAAGGACUUCAAACACUUUACUGUACAAAGAAGUAACUUGCUUGAACAGAAUAAAUGAACUAACACAUGCUCACUGGUAGUUGGUCUGUCAUAUUUAUGGUCUGUGUAAAAAAACAACAACUUUGUUUUGAGGAAUUUAAAUAAAAUCUUUUUUUGUUUCUUUA